GUUUUAUUAAAUACAUGUAGGUGUUGGUGAGAGGUGACACAGUCUCUGCAGAUCAGUUGUUGAAGAAGGUUGCUAAAGCUCUUGAUAUGAAGAUGGUUGGUAUGAAGAACUUUGGUAUUUUUGAAGGACUACACACGCCUAUCAAGAAAUUCAAAUGUUCAGAUAAGGUCAAGACAAGUUCAAAAGGACUGAGUCUACAAAAAUGGUGCUUUGACCUUCGUAAAGAGAAGAAAGAGAUAGUGAAAGAUCCGGUAGCGUUGUACUUAACAUGUCUCCAAGCCAGAUCACAGAUUAUGCAAGGUAUCCUUACUCCAACUCCAGAACAGAUGGCAAAACUAGAAGACCACAACGAACCAGCCUUCUUGGAUUCCACAUCGUAUCUUUCAGUGUGUCAUUGUAUGGAAGAUUAUAUGACAGCCUAUAUUAAGCAUUGUGAACUCAAAAUAGAGCUCUGCAUUGGGUCUCUAAAGUUACCAGUGGGAGCUGUGUUUUCAAUACGAGCAAACAAGAGAGGGAUGAGGCUCCAAGCUGAACAUAAAGAGUACUUUAUCUCAUGGAGGAAGAUGAAGAGGUGGACAAGGGCUGAGGAUGACCUAUACGUGACCUAUGACCUUUACUCCUGCACCCAUGAUACUUACAGCACCUUGUCGAUAGAGACACCCCAAGCACCUUACCUGGUUGCUGUUACCAUAGAGAUGAUCAAAACAUUGCAGGGGGAGAUGGAUGGAGUAAUUUUUCAGACGUCUGACCUGAAGAUGGACGAGAAUGGAGAGGUGGUGGAGUGGAAUAAUAUAACCUUUGACCCUGGGCAAUUCAAGGCAGAGACUGAAGCAGGAAAUAAGUACAUUGACCUUUCAACUUUGACAUGAGGUCAUGAGCAACAUAACCUUUGACCCUGGAGAGGUGAAGCCAGAGACUGAGGCAUUAAACAGGUGCAUUGACCUUGACAUGAGGUUGUUCUGCUGUAUUUAUUGACUAUAUGAUAUGGAGACAAAGGAUUGAGAAAGGGAAUCUUUUACAUGAUGUUAUUUGUCUCGUGUCUGUAAAUUUGAAGAUGGAGGUAGACAGUUUGUUGAGUUUUGAAUUGAAAAUGUUCAUAGACUUCCUGUGAACAUGGGCUGUCCUCAAUAGGCCUGAGGCAAGCAAAAAGUUGAUAUUUUGACCUUUUCAACUUUGAUAGUAAGGCACUAUAGGAUCCUUUUACCAAUUGUGUCUGAAUUCUUAAGUCAAAGCAGUAUAAAAUUUGACUAAAAUUCUUUCAACUCUCACUGGAGUGCAUUUCAUAAUAAUUGCAUGUUCAUCCAUGCACGAUAUAUACACCACAAAGCCUUACUUUAUGUUAAUCCACAUGGCUUUCAAAAUUAAAUUGCAUGUUAAAUAUCGGAAAGUGUCUUUCAAAUACUUGAUGAAUUAUAUCUUGAUAUAUUUUUAUAUUUCAUCCAAAACCAUUUCUAAUGAAUGAAGCUACCAACUAUUUUUUUUUUUAAUUCUGAAUGAUGAAAUGUUAUAGACUUAGUCUUAUUUUAGCAUGAAAGAGGACUGAUUUAAUACCAAAUUUAAAAUAAAGUAUGAAUUCUAUUUUCAGAUAAAAUAGUUGAAAUACAUUACUGUUUGUAGAAAACCCAGGAGUUCUAUUUUACUUCAAUGAUCUACUUUUUAUUCUAUGGUGUCACAAUUUACGGGUUUUUUAAAUCUCUCUUUUAAUUGUCAUAAAUAAUCAUGUUUUAUAGUUGGUUGAAUAGUUUUUAUAUUAUUUUUCAAAUCCAUGCAUUCAUGUGUGCAUUUUUUAUUUCAUUUACCACUUUCACACAUUCAGGUGAUCUGAAUAUUCAGAGACUGCAAACUUAUUAUCCAUAGUUUAUUGCAAUUCAGGGCCCCGUCUUACAAAGAGUUACGAUUGAUCCAAUCAAAGUAACUCUAUGGAAAUCCAUCAGUGUCAUAAUUUUUUCUACAGGAAAUUUGCAAAAUGUCCUUUGUAAACAAAGGAGAACACAUCAAAUUGUCAAGAAAUCAAUGAAUUAAUGGAUAUACAUUCAUAUCUAGAAAUUUUUUGAACAAACAUGCAUUUCUACAUGUUGACUUUGCUGGCUUUCCAUAGUUGCAAUUGAUCCGAUCAAUUGUAACUCUUUGUAAGACGGGCCCCAGGAAUUACUGUAUACAUGUAUAUGUACUGCCUUUCAAAUUAUACAAAGUUUGCUUAGAGUAUAAAUGCUGAAAGAAAUAUUUUAGCAAUGUAUUUUAGAACAUUUUAUGAGACAAAAUGUAUAUUGCUGUAAAGAAGAUACUUAUCAACAGAUGCAUGUCAUAUUUAUAUCUACUUAUAAAUCUAUUUAGUCUUUCAUAUCUGCCUUUUAUAUGAUCCAUCCAUGAUAACUACAUGUAUUUUCAAUGAAUUUUUUUAUUAAAAAGAUGAAGAUGUCUUAUUACUUUGGAUACAUAAUGAUAUUUUAUAGUUUUAAACAUGAUAGGUGAUGACCGUGAUAUAUUCUGAUUGGAAGUUUGAUUCAAACCAUGGUUUAAUUCUUAAAUCAUAAUGACAUACCUUGUUUAUGAUGUCAUGUGCCUUAUGUUUACUGGAUUAUUAGUCUCAUGCAUUGAUAGCCAAAAACUCACAAAUUUUAUUUGUUAUUCCAAGAUAGUACAUGUUCAUAAAUAUUUUUGUUAUAAUCUGGGCCCUGUUGCAUAAUAGUUACCAAUAUGGUAACUUUGCCAUACAAUGGUAACAUGUCUGGAAUCCUUGAUUUUGAUUGGUUGUGAUCAGCGUAACCAUGGUAGUUACCAUUUGAUGGCAAAGUUGUCAUAAUAGUAAUUUUUAUAUAACGGGGCCCUGGACCCUGUUGAUUGAUUGAAUAACUAUUAUUUAACUUUGCUGGCCAGUGGUAACUGCCAUGGUAACCGUACUUAAAAACCAAUCAUAUUCAAGGAUUCCAUGGAAGAUAACAUUGAUGGUGAAAAGUACCAUGAUAGACAUUUAUUGAUAGUCACAAACUUAACCUUUAUUUAGAGUAUGGACUAGGGGAUGAAUCAAUAUGUGAUAAAAUCAGUUUUUACUGAAAUGAAAUGAAUUCUUUUACAUUUACAAUAUGAUCAACCAUCAACAUUUAAAAAACAUUAAGUAUAAUACUUUAAUCACCCCCAUUUUUAUGGAAUAUUUUAAUAUGAAAAUGUUUAUUGUACACUGGAAUAUCUGUUUUCUUUUUAAUGUUGCUUUAUUUAAGAGGUUGAUUAUGUGUGUUUUGUGAUUUUGUGAGUCUCUUUUUAUAUGGUGCUGUGUAUAUUGGUUUGUAAAUUGAUAAAGUAAUUUUUGUUUUUGAGGAUGUCUGUACAUGCCUAUGCUAGCUAUUAAUAGACGUGCAGAGAAAUAAUAUUAACAGUUUUCUCCUCUAAUUUUGAGUGUGCAAUAAAUCAUUACUGUACACUGGCCAUGUAGGGGAGAGUAGGGCAUGCUGAACACCUUUCUUUCCUGACCUAUCACAUGAAAGAUGUUCCUUCAGUAUUUAUUUUAAUAGACACAAAAUCAUAAAGUAGACACCUGUGCCGGCCACACAGAAACAUUGUUAGCCUAACAGAGCGCUAACAGUAAGCCCAGUCACAUCUCUCGGAUUGUGAAUUUAAAACAUUUAUUUCAAUGUGUUAGUAAUGCAUUGUUGUAACAUUAGGCAUUGCUGCCACAUUACCGGUUGGAACAGGGUCUCUGUUAGCGCAUUGUUAGUGCUAACAAUGUUUCUGUGUGGUCAGUACAGGUUGUUACUGGAAAAUGUUUUCAUUGAAUUUCUAAAAAUUUAAAGAAAGUUACAAUGUCUAGAAUAACACCAAUCAUUUUAUAUUUCUUUGCACCCCACAGUCCCCUACAUCCAUGAGACUAGAUAAAAAAGUGAUCGGUGUGUUUUUCUAGACUAUGUAACUUUCUAUGCAGCAGUUCGCUGUUAUGAAAUGUCCAUUCAAAGAUUGAACAUUUAGUGUGUUUUUUUGUUUUGUUUUUUAAGCAUUGUAUAUGGAAUGUUAGUUUCCUGUCAAAUUUCAUUCUCAGGUUUUGCAUGACACCGGUUCAAAAACAUUUUAAAAUGCAUUGCAUCUUUUUAUUUUAAAAUAUAUGUAUUUAUUCAUA